CCCGAUGUAAUUUCAGCCAGUUAAAAACUAGAACAUUUGCCUAUCGCACCUGUCAUGGGUUACACUAUGUAGCGUUCUUGUAUGUUUAGAAUAGUAGUAUCAAGGAUCUCAUGCAUCCAUAAGAACCCUGAGAUCAGACUAAUAUCACGGAUCCACGUCAUGGCAAGCGUGGAAGAGAGAAAGAUAAGUGCCAUAGUUGGGGCACUGGUGGCAGAUGCUGCAGCCCAACCUAUACACUGGAAUUAUAAGACUGCAGAUUUGGAUGCGUUUCUAAAGGACAAAGAUGAAGUUGCAUUCUUGGAACCGUCCAGAAAUCCUUUCUAUUGUAUCAAGACUGGAAAGCACAGUUGCUAUGGAGACCAAUCCAGAACCAUCCUGAAGUCACUGGUGGAAAAUGGAGGUGUCAAUAUUGAAAAACUGAAGAAAUCCAUGUUUGAGAUGUUUGGUCCAGACUCUGAGUAUGAAAAUGAAGACAAUGCUACUUAUAAAGACAAAUCAGAUGUUGUGAAGAAGGUGUAUCCUAUCAACACUCCAUGGAGACAUGCCAGUAUCAAGUCAUUCCUGAAAAAUUACAGUGAAGGGGCUGAAAUUACAGGUAUUGAGGAUAAUCAGAUGGACUGUGUUAUCAAUAUGAUCAGUGUGGUGGCCCUGUAUGCUGGGAGACCAGAGAUGUUAGACAAAGUAGAGGAGAUCAUUUCUGUGACUCAGAACUCAGACAUCAAUGUAGCUGUGGCCUUCACUGCAGCAAGGUUACUUGAAUACUUCAUUCUCCAUGGGAAGACUCCUGGUUUGGACGCCUUGAAUUCCGUUUUGGAGGAGAUGAAGAAUCCCCAGAGACGGAGCCCCCAGGAUCUGGACAAGGCCAUGAUUGGUCACAUGAAGAAAGUUAUCGAGGAGAUGGAGACUGAUCAUGUAACAGCUGCUCGGAAAUUCAACAUCACCUGAGCAAUACCUGGGGCCUUUCAGUCUGCUGUGCAUGGUGUGAUUACUAACACUGAGUACGUGACUGGGGUCCGUCGUACAAUCCGAGCAGGGGGAUGUAACUGUUCCAGAGCCGGGUUCAUUGGAGCAUGUCUAGGUGCUCAGAAUGGUUUACAAGAAAUUCCAGAAGAAUGGAAGAGGAAGACACUGUCAUAUGAAGAAGUUUCCCAGCUGGCAAACAAAUUAGUUGCAAUUCAGUUAGAGUAAUUUAAUAAUUUUUAUAAACAAAUUCAAAUUGAAUAUAAAAAAUAUAUUUGUAUUUUUUAUCAAAAUUUAAUUGAACAUUUAUUGAAAUAUCAAUUUUAUUUUAUUUCUAUUGAAUGAUUAAUUUUUAUAACUCUUGUAUACAUUUGGUUUUCAUAUUUUGUUCAGCACCCCAGUGGAUGGAUUAAGGUUGAAAAACGAUGAUUUAGAUUUUUAUUAGAUUAACGAAGACAAAAAGCCACAUGUGUGCUUAUAAAGGGCAGUAGUAUUUAUUCACACAAUGACAUUUCACAACUUUUGAAUGCUUAUUUUCUGAAUUUAGCACACAGAUCAACAGAUAAAUGAAAAUCUCUUCUAAACCCUUUCUAAGGCUGAUCAGAUUUGAUGUUAAACACUGCUAUCUGUGUGUUAAUUUCAGCUAUUCCUUUCUUGUUGUGUUUUUUAAAAACAUUUUUCAAAAAUAUGCUUUUCAAUUUUAAAAGUUGUCUUCCUUCAAUAAAAGAAGGGAUGAUUGUUUUGAAAAGAUAUUGUUGCCAAAAUCAGUUGUUUUUAAAUAAUGUAUACAUUGUUGAUAUGUUCUGUUCUAAUAUAUAUACUCAUUACUACAAAUUUUUUGAUUGUUAUUUUACAAUUUUUAUUAAAAUUUGAUUUUAUUCAAGUAUAAUUAAAUGAGGACAAUGGAA